GAUUGCUGGUCAGGCUUCACUGAGAAAGCGAAAUGGAGGGGUGUGUGUCUAACCUAAUGGUCUGCAACCUGGCCUACAGCGGGAAGCUGGAGGAGUUGAAGGAGAGGAUCCUGGCCGAUAAAUCCCUGGCCACUAGGACUGACCAGGACAGCAGAACUGCCUUGCAUUGGGCAUGCUCAGCCGGACAUACAGAAAUUGUUGAAUUCUUGCUGCAACUUGGAGUGCCAGUGAAUGAUAAAGAUGAUGCAGGUUGGUCUCCUCUUCAUAUUGCUGCUUCCGCUGGCCGGGAUGAGAUUGUAAAAGCUCUUUUGGGAAAAGGUGCUCAAGUGAAUGCUGUCAAUCAAAAUGGCUGUACUCCCCUACAUUAUGCAGCUUCCAAAAACAGGCAUGAGAUUGCUGUCAUGUUACUGGAAGGCGGGGCUAAUCCAGACGCUAAGGACCAUUAUGAGGCUACAGCAAUGCACCGGGCAGCAGCCAAGGGUAACUUGAAGAUGAUUCAUAUUCUUCUGUACUACAAAGCUUCCACAAACAUCCAAGACACUGAGGGUAACACUCCUCUACACUUAGCCUGUGAUGAGGAGAGAGUGGAAGAAGCAAAACUGCUGGUGUCCCAAGGAGCAAGUAUUUACAUUGAGAAUAAAGAAGAAAAGACACCCCUGCAAGCAGCCAAAGGUGGUCUGGGUUUAAUACUCAAGAGAAUGGUGGAAAGUUAAGCAGCUUGGAUUUACUCUUACUUUGUAUGUUUUGUGGUUGUCCCCUAAUGUCCUGGAAACUAAUGUACUUGUGCACAAGACAUCAUCUAUGAAUGAUGAAGUUUUUUCAUCUUCCAAGUCUUAUAAACAACCAUGUUGACUAUUGUUCCUGCUGAGGUAUUUUUUUCUUAGCUUACAACUUGCUUUCCAGGCAUUGAAUAACAAUAAUAAUAAUUGAGAUGGUUCUACUGUUGUAUAUUAUUCUGUAUUGAAUCUUGGUUAACUUUGAGUAAGUGAUUCUGUGGCUGUUGUGAGUCUGCAGCACCCUGCCAUGCACCCUCUAUCCCCCUCUGAGGCAGAACAACCCCAAUAGCACCAGGCCAAUUGUUUUGCCAAAUGUUUCUAGGUGGAUUCUAGAAUGUUCUUCCAUACAGUUGAAACACAUCGUAACUCAUUUUUCAAGCCCACUCAGAGGCCUAUGCCAAAUAUUUCUGUUUUUCCCAACAGUAUGGUUUAAUUUGUUUUUGUUAUAGAAGGAAUACUUAUAUAUUGUGAGGAUGAAAUUUUCAGUUCAGAGGGCAUGCUCUCCAAGUUUUGCAUUCAUAAACAGUAAAAUGAAAAAUAAUAGCCUGUGUACCAAUGUAUGUUUUUAAUGAACUAUUUCCCUCCAAAAUAAAGAGUAUUGUUUUUAAAAAGGAAGUUUUAAAGUACCUAUAUUAAGUCACCAUGUAUUGAAAAGAAUGUCAAGCUUGUUAUGAUGUGUAACAAAACUGUGUUUUGAUUUGUAUUUCAGAAACUAAAAAAAUAAAAUGUUGAGAGAAUCUCCCAA